AUGGACAAGAAAUUAUUACAGCAAUCAUUUAAGCAUAGACAAAAAUUUUCAGAUUCUUUUAAAGAAUAUGAUUAUGGAAUAGAAGGCAACCUGCUCCAUUAUGGAAAAUCUGUUCCUCCAAAAUAUGAUGUGUCCAAAAUUACAGCUCCUGUGGCAGCAUAUUAUGCGCAAAAUGACUUUUUUGCUAGUAUAAAGGACGUUGAAAAGCUAUUAUCCGAGAUGACAAACGUGAUCGAACAACAUUUAGUAGACUACGAACUUUUCAAUCAUUUAGACUUCAUUUCUGCUAAAGACAUUAAAGAUUUAUUUUAUGAUAGAUUAUUGGAGACCAUACAUAAAUACGAUAAUUGUGAUUAUAAUUAUAAGUUAUAA